CUAGCCAAAACGCGGAUGAAAAAUUUUCAAGUUCCAAUUGAAUAAGAGAUCUAGUUCAGCUCGAAUCGAGAGAAAGUAAACAAAUCGUUCCUGCAUCCUGACAGCGACGGCCGUAGUUUAAUGACGCGGGAAUGUCAAUCUGUCAAACUUUGUUUGGUCAAUGACUGAUUAAAGAUCUUAUGGCCGUGAAAUUAACAUAGUACAAAAAUGACUGGUGCCAAUGAUUCAGGAUUAUCUCCUGAAAGUGAUAAAGCCUGUGCAUAUUCAAUAUCUUCUAGUAAAAGCCAACUAUUUUUGGUAAAGGGUGAUAUUGGUUUCGAAGAUACCACUUCAAAAGCAAAUGGCUCUAUCAAUUCCGUGAGUGAACUAUCAGACAGUUUCACUGGAACAGACAAAUUGUGUGGCUGGGCCAAUUUCCGUCCAUUGUGUUUACAGAAUUGCAGAACUCCUCGGUGGUUCCUCUUCUGGAUAUGUUGGGCAGGAGCUCUUCAAGGACUUAUUGUAAACGGUUUUAUAAAUGUAGUCAUUACGACAAUAGAAAAAAGAUACGAGUUAAAAAGUACUGAAACUGGCUUUAUAGCCGGCUCUUACGAUAUAGCAUCAUUUCUUUGUUUAAUUCCUAUUACAUAUUUAGGUGGCACGCGUAGCAAGCCAUUUUUUUUAGGAAGUGGACUUAUUCUUUUGUCAUUCGGAUCUUUAGUGUUUUCCUUGCCAUAUUUUCUCGCUGGUACUUAUACGUUUAGCCAAGAGCAGGAUUUCCAUUGCCAUUCUGGACUUCAAAGUGCUAAUUAUACAGCAGUCUGUUCUGUAGCAGAAUCUUCUCUAUCAAGCUAUAAAUAUAUAUUUUUCAUUGGCCAAUUGUUGCAUGGAGCUGGUGCUGUUCCACUGUAUACUUUAGGAUGCACUUAUCUGGAAGAAAAUGUGUCUACUAAAAUGUCAUCGAUGUAUUUAGGCAUUUUUUACACCAUGGCUAUUGUCGGACCUGCUUUGGGAUAUCUUCUUGGCGGACAAAUGUUGAGAUUAUAUGUCGAUUUUGGCAUUGAUGCUAAUGAGUUAGGUUUAUCACCAUCAAGUACUGUUUGGGUUGGAGCCUGGUGGAUAGGCUUUGUGUUUGCAGCAGUAUUAGGAUUGCUUAUUGCUAUACCCGUUCUUGCUUUUCCUAAAACAUUACCAUCUACAGAUAAAGUGAAAGCUGGUAAAAUCAGUGAAAUGCAUCAAAAACUUCAGGAAAGUGAUGCAGCUCGAGUAGAUUUUGGAUCCAGUUUUUCGGAUUUACCUUCUUCAUUGAAACUUUUGAUUACAAACCCAACAUUUGUAUUCCUAAGUCUAGCUGGUGCAAGUGAAGGUAUUUUACUUGCUGGUCUAGCAACAUUCUUGCCUAAAUUAAUUGAAUCACAAUUCAGUUACCAAGCUAGUUUUGCUGCUUUUAUUGUUGGUUCGGUGACAAUACCCGGUGCUGGAGGUGGAAAUCUUCUUGGAGGUUACCUUGUUAAGAGAUUUAAAAUGAAGUGUGCCAGUAUCAUUAGGAUGUGUAUUGCAUUUUGUCUGAUCUGCUUAGCUUUCUCUUUCAUAUUUAUUCUGCAUUGCCCAGAUUCCAAAUUUGCUGGAGUAAAUGUCAAUAUUUCAGAUGAAACCAUGGGAUCAAAAUUUUUGUCUGAUUGCAAUUCUGACUGUACUUGUUCGGAUCAUAACUAUGAUCCAAUUUGUGGUGCAGAUAACACAAUUUACUUUUCUCCUUGUUUUGCUGGCUGUCAAACGGUUUAUCAAGAAAAUGAAAGAAAGGCCUAUGGAUCUUGUUCGUGCAUUGAACAUGGAGGGAUGAAUAUGACAUUUCGUGGAACAGAAUAUGUUGUCCAAGCAACUCGGGAGAAAUGUGAUAAUAACUGUACUCAUGGUCCAUUAUUUCUGGGUGUUAUAUUUCUUUGUAUGUUCUUCACAUUUUUGGUCAGCAUGCCUUCUUUGUCAGCCACUUUACGAUGUGUUGCUGAGUCGCAAAAAUCAUUUGGCUUGGGUAUACAGUGGAUGGCUGUUCGACUUCUUGGUACAAUCCCUGCUCCCAUAUUUUUUGGAUGGUUAAUCGACAAAAGCUGUAUUCUGUGGCAGGACUCCUGCGAUAAUGACAAAGGCUCUUGCUUGUUCUACAAUAAUGAAAAAAUGAGCUCCAACAUCCUGAGUAUUGUUUGCCUGGUGAAAAUUCUUUCUUGCAUCUUAUUUUCGAUGGCAUGGUACACUUACCGUCCACCAGACACUUCAAGAACUGUAGCCAGCGAUUCUGCCUGCGAACCCAACUCACCCCAACAGUCUCAGUCCAUUUCGAAGAACAUUGCUAACGAAGAGCAGUGCGUUGGAAUCAGGUUUGCUCCUUAUCAAAAUGAGGCUUUUACUUCAUGUGAUGCACAUACCAGUAGUGUACUCUGAGAUACUUAGAACACAAAGUAUUGUGUUAGCCAAAUUAUAAUUUUAUUUGUUUAUCGAAUUUUAUGUAAUGUCUCGUUAGGCUCACCAUUCCUCUUAUUAUUUAAAGAUAGCAAGUUUGACUAUGAUCCCAAUUUUUUAGAAUCCUCUCAGUCCAUAUUGAAGAACUUAGCUGAUUAAGAACAGUGUAUUGAUAGAGUUUGACCCUUAUCGGAAUACGGCUUUUACUUUCUGUGAUUCAUAUAUCAGAGGUGUACUUUGAGGGUCUUAUUAAUUUUGAUUAACUCCCGCCAAAUUAUAAGUUUAUUGCAUUUCAUGUAAUUGUCUUGUUAGGCUUGUAGUCUGUCUUAUUCUUUAAAGAUUACAAAGUUUCUUUUCACUUCAUAUAUGAGAUUGCAAACAGGAGUAACUUUGUUUUUAGUGAGCUUUUAUCUUUUUACUGUGCAUUUCACUUUUUUUGUAGCUAGUUAAAUGCACGUUUUUAAUUUUUGUAGCACUGUGUAAACUUUUUGUGACUGCAUUUAUUUUUCCUUUUAUUCUUCAUUUUUUUAAAAGACAAACCGUCCACAAAAUAUUUAUUUUAACUGCCUGAUGAGUUCAAGUAGAAUUUAAAUUUGAAAAUGUCUUAAAAUUGUUGCAUAAAUCUUUGUGAUACAACUAGAAAAGUUAAUAAAGAUUUUUAAAAAAAACAUAAAAUUUGUAAAAAGUGCACUUAAUUAGAGAUGGACUUUUGAUAUUUAAAUAAUAUAAAGAAAAUUAUUUCAAUGUUCUUAAAAGCGUUAAGAAUUUAUUAAAAAGUGUUAAAUAUAUUCCAAGUUUUUGUGUGUCCAAAAAUUUUUUUUAAAAUAUCUCUUGAAAGGGAAGAAAAAUAAUUAUAACCAUAAGGUAUCAAAUAUAUUAGAAUUUUUGCGAAUUGAUAUUUCUAUUGAGCUUACGAUUUUCAAUUUUGUGUUGCUGAUGAUUUUCUUAUAAGUUUCAAAAUGUAUUAAGAACUUUUUUUUUCCAGUUUAUUUAAUGUGAAUAAUGUACAAACAUUGCCUGGGUGAUAGGACAAAAUACGACCAUUUCUAUUGGUCAAAAUAAUAAGGCUACUUUUAUUUAUUUGUAAAUAUUAUUGAUGUGAUACAAAGUGAAAUAUAUUUGAGAGAAUUUAAAUCCAUACUUUCUAUAGAGAUACUCUUAUAUUUUCUAUGUAGUUUGAAUGUAUUUUUGUAUCAAAGGUAAAAGGCCCUAUAUCUAUUUUGUAACUAAAAUUAAGGUUUUACCAUUUCAUUUUUCAGAGGUAUAAACUAUUGUAAGAGUCUGUUGUAAAAAUCACUAUAUCGCAAUCAAAAGCAUAAAAGAAUAAUUCUACGGGUGUUCCUGCAAAAAUUUAAUAUUUGUGACAGUGCCUUUUACCUUUAAUAUGCAGAUGUAUUAUUUGCAUGAAUAAGAGCACAUACUGCAUUUGAUUUGUAAUUUUAAUUUAUUUUUCUCAUCACAUUAUUAGGUGUUCACUUGUAUUUUUUUCAUUUGAUUUUAACUAGUUGUUACUCAAAUGUAAUUUUAUCUGAAUUGUAGAUUUUAUGACGUUUGUUUUAAAUAGUCUAUUUCACUAAAUAGAAAAUCUUCAAGAGUCUGAACGUCACUAAUUAUAAUUGUAUAUAUAUAAUAUGACAUGGAUGAACUUUUUAAGCAUAUACUUGGUGAAAUUUUAUUGCUCUAAAUGUUAAGCUAUUUAAAGUUGUCAUUGUUAUAUUACCAAGUUCAAGUAAAUUAGAAACAUAAUUAUGAAUUAGAUACAUAUGUCAUUAGAUACAUAUUAUGAAUUAUAGUAUUUUUGUGCCACCCUAUAUAAUAAAAUGUUCAUUUUUUAAA